GCGCUCUCUCUCUCUCUCUCUCUCUCUCUCUCUCUCUCUCUCUCUCGGUUGCUCCUCCUUCGCCGCCGUCGAUCGCUGGAUCUCCCCCAAUGGCAUCGGAGAAGAAGCAAUCCAAUCCCAUGCGGGAGAUCAAGGUCCAGAAGCUAGUCCUCAACAUCUCGGUUGGAGAGAGCGGCGAUCGCCUUACCCGUGCUGCCAAGGUCUUGGAGCAGUUGAGUGGGCAGACGCCAGUGUUUUCAAAGGCAAGAUACACUGUUAGAUCCUUUGGGAUUAGACGUAAUGAGAAGAUUGCUUGCUAUGUGACUGUUCGAGGGGAGAAGGCCAUGCAGCUUUUGGAGAGUGGAUUGAAAGUGAAGGAAUAUGAACUGUUGAGGAGGAAUUUUAGUGAUACUGGAUGUUUUGGUUUUGGCAUCCAGGAGCAUAUUGAUCUUGGAAUCAAGUACGAUCCAUCCACCGGCAUUUAUGGGAUGGACUUCUAUGUUGUUCUGGAGCGACCUGGAUAUCGCGUAGGCAGAAGACGCAGGUGCAAGUCUCGUGUUGGAAUUCAGCACAGGGUCACCAAGGAAGAUGCCAUGAAAUGGUUCCAGGUCAAAUACGAGGGUGUCAUCCUCAACAAAUCCCAGGCUGUUGCCUCUUAGGCUUUAUCAGCCUUCUUCCAAUCGAUUGUUCAUCAGACUUCCAGUCUUUAAGUACUCGAAUUUUUCAGUAAUUCAAAUUAUUUUUCAUCCGAUCAGUUGUUUUCAAGUUACCUGGACUGGAAUCCUUUGUCUUGCAACCAUUUAAACUUUUAAAUGGUUAAACUGAGUACUUUCAUGGAUGUGCUCUGUGUUUUGGAAUUUAGGCAAUGGCUGAGGGCAUUGAUCUUAUGACUUUGCUUUGCAUGUGGACAUUAUUAAUUCAA